AUGUGUCGUAUAUCUCCCCAAAACAAUCAAUGCUGCGGAGCUUGCUUAGUACAUAUACACGGACAGGAAGGUGGUGUUAAUGUUGAUGGUGAGGACGGGAAAGAGGAAUCAGGAGGGUAA